CCCCGCCGCACCCGGAAGAGGCUUCACAACACAUGAAACGCGCGCACCAUUUGAUUUAGACACAUACUUUUCUUAAAGGUUCUGUGAAUUAUACUGGUCGGUGUUUUAUUCUGAAACGGAAUAACGUCCCAGAGUAAAGAGAUAAAGCUUCAGCACGCAAUCAUGCAGGAGGACUCGAGCCGCAGUCCCACCUACACAGUGCCAUGUGAGGACUAUGUUCAUGUGGUUGAAUUCAGUCCUUUCAGCUCUGGAAACCCUGCCUCUUUACUGGCCUAUGGUGGAAACCAGUAUGUGGUGGUGGGGACAGUCCUCUUCCAGGAGGAGGAUAUGGAAGUAGAAGGCGUUGAAUUCAACGUUCUUCGAGCUUUCCAUCAUGAGUUGCGGGUCGAUGCUCUGGCCUGGAGUCCGGAGUCAAGGCUGGACAGGAUACCCACCAUCAGAUUUUGCACCGCUGCAGCUGACAGAAAGCUACGCCUGCUGACUUCUGAUCUUCAGGAUCGGCAUGAAGUCAAGGUGAUUGAAGGCCAUACCAGCUACAUUAACCAUUUGGUGUUCGAGCCCACGGAGGGGAAACAAAUUGCUUCCGUCAGCGAUGACCACACUUGCAGGGUUUGGGACCUGGAUGGGAAUGAAAGCACUACUCUCAGACUCCGCUCUCCUGGCAUCAGCGUGUGCUGGCACCCAGAGGAAGCGUUUAAGUUAAUGGUGGCAGAGAAGAAGGGGACAAUCCGCUUCUACGACCUGGUAACACAGCAGGCCAUUCUGUCACUGGACUGUGGCCAGUCGCCGCUCAUGUCGGCUGACUGGUGCCUCACAAACACGAUCAAAGUUGGCGCCGUGGCAGGGAACGACUGGCUCAUCUGGGACAUAACACGCUCCAGUUACCCUCAAGAAAAAAGACCUGCCCACAUAGACAAAGCAAGGUUAUUCAAGUGGUCCAGAGCCAAUGAAAACCUAUUCGCCACCACCGGAUGUCCAGGAAAGAUCUGCAGCCAGUUACUCAUCCACCAUCUUGGCCACCCACAGCCAGUGACGAUCGGAUCCACUACGGUGGGAUCGGGCCUCAGUUGGCACCGAACACUCCCUCUCUGCGUGAUCGGAGGCGACAGGAAACUCUGCUUCUGGAUGACUGAAAUGUAGACAUCUGUACUGCACUUACCACAGUGGAUAACUAGGUCCUGUGUUUCUGUUCUUAUAAAUGUUCAAUAAAAUAUUUUUCUGAGUA